GCUGGCAUUGUAUUCUGCACCCACUAAGAGCAAAACAAUCUGACACAGCCUGCUGUACACAGACGUUAGUUACUACAAGCAAGAAAAUAAGCUUCAAAUUCGUAAAACUUUAGGCAUUCUACGCUUAGAGGUCGAUUUGUUUACGUUAUCUUGCUUGCUUGCUUAGAGCUGCCUUGGACAAGAUUGGUGACGGCAGUGCUAAAUUGAUUUUAAGUACCUGCCUAUAUACAUCUACAGAUAUCUCUUCUCUGGAUGAGCAAUACGAUCGCUGGCUUUGCACAAUCGACUGAACAGACUACUUCAAGGUAAAGUUACAAGCUUUGUUUUUCUACUGUUCUGAUCAGUUAUGAAAUAGCCAAUCUUCCCUUUAAGAGAUUCUCUCAUAAAGACAUAACGAAAUCAUCAGAAUAGCAAUGAUCAUGUGACUCAAUGCAAAGCCUAUUUUUACCUGCAAUUUGAUUCAUUUCCCUACGUCUGGACAUUCUAAAACAACAUCAAUAUGGGGGUUUUUCCUUUUACAAUUAAUAUCAGAAUUUCAUUACAAUCUUCAGUCAUUCUGUUGUUAACUCUACUUCAGAACUUGCAUACUAAACAUAAUUAUGUGCAGACGUGACUGAACAUAAGACAUGAGAAUUUUCAUUUCAACCAAUAAAGAAAUACAAUCAACGAAAAAGUAAAACUAAUGAAAUCUAGUGGGUAAAAUAAUGUAAAACUAAUGGAUGAAAGAACAAAAAAUUAUUUGAAUUGGAGUGGAAUGCCUAUAUUGAACUGAAACAAGUGAUCAAAUUGAAUCUUUUAUAAAUAAACCAAAUGGUUAGGAAGGGAUCUAAUAGUAGAUCUAAUUCAUAUACCCCAUCUGACUGUGACAGUAAUAUAUUUGCUUCUUAUCUUUUAGCAGCAUAAUACCUCGAUGCUUGAAACUUUUCUAUCUUCAUUUAUAUGUUUUUCAAUUGGAAUUUCUCAAGUUUCAAUUCUAUUAAAGAUUGCCUAAAUAGCUCUUAGCGCCAAUGGAGAAAUGCUAAAAAGAUCCUUUGCGACUUGUAAAUAUUCAUCGACAAUUUUUGAAAGUCCAUAUGAUAUUGGAUGAUAUUUGGAAAAAAGUCUUGUUGCAUUACUUUUUCAGUUGACUUUACAGUUACUGGCAGCAAGCUAAUUAAUAAUAACUUGAGCUUGGAUACGAGUUAUGGUAUGGAGAUGCCAUUCAAAGCUGAUUUGUUGCCAGCGAAGGCAAUCUGAAAGAAAAGCAACCUCAUAGGAGAAGUCACAUUAGAUUUUCAAAUAUAUUCAUCAAGUAUUAUUUGACACCUAAUGAAGGCUCGUUAUCGAGAUUGCAAGAUGAUGAACAUGAUUCUUUAAAGCGAAAUGGUUGGAAGCCAUCUAUAACGAGCUGCAUAUGAAUUUGUGUUCAGGUAUACCUAACCUAAGCUGCAUUUUGUACAUGAAUAUAUCUAAAAGAUUGCUAUUGCAAUUUUCUUAACAACAGUAAGCACAAAAACGCGUUUUCAUGUUUAUCAUAAGCGUUUAUCUAAGCCAAACAUUUAAUAUCACCUUGGCAACACGUUAUGUUAUGAUCAUGGCGAAUGCAAAAAUUCCUGACAGCUGUGCACGUUGUUUGUGUAAGCUUAUAAAAGAUUAUGAAGGCUAUGUAAAUAAGCCAUUGGAGUUGGGUUAGUGACAAUUUUUCAUAGAGAAAGGCAAUUUUUACCGACUUUGAGGCUGAGGGAGGCCCGCCUUCGAAGUGGCUGAUAGAAUUUUUAGUGACUUGCCUCCUCUCGAAGUGCAAUUUCCCUCCCCUGUUCUUAUUUCAUUUGACUCCCCGAGGCUCUGAUACCUAGGGUAGCCCCCUGAAUACUGUAUAUGUUUUGCUAGUCAACACACUCAAUUCUCCAUUCUAAAGGAAUGCCUGUCUCAAAUUAGAUGCAACAGAGAGCGCUUAGCCAUACAGUGAUAGUUAACUUUCAGGCCCUAGCAUAGAUCUACAUUGAAAAGACACAUGAAUCAAUUCGGUUGCUGUUCUUUGGUAAAAAUUACACCUACCGAGCUCUAGAAAUUGCAGUUUGGAUUAGCAGUUCAUUUUCUAUUAUUGUAAAGGGAGUUGAAAAAUUGAAGUGGAAAAGAAAAUCAUUGUAAGAAGUAUAAAACCUGUUGUUUUGUGCACCCCGUGAGUAUGGUGUUUUUCAAGUCAGCUUUGUAACCAUGCCUGUGCGUCCUAAUAGAUAAUCCUUAACAUAAAGUCGAAGUGCGUGUGGCUAGCAAACAAAGCUAAAACUUGGUAUGAUGUGGAGAAAUUUAAAAUAUUUCUACUACGAUACAGGUUUGAAAACGAAGGCAAUUACUAUGCAAAUGAUGUUCAAUUUCUGGCUAAAGAAAGCCAAUCGAAGUUUUGUCAUGGCUGAAUCCAAAGACUACUAGAAAUUAUUGGUCGCUAAACUAAAAAUCCGUAAGAAAAGAUCACUCUAAAAAUGUGGAAUGAAGCAACAAAGUUGCGAUGGAGGAUCAAAGGAACCACUUGCUAGCAGUCGAGCCUUGAACAGAUUGUAUACAAGAUGCCUUAAUUGAAUGGACUAACUCGUGCACUGAAACUAUCCAACGAUUUUCAAAUUUUAUUGCACCAAAAUGAAACAUCCGGCAUCAAUUAUCGACUUCUUUGUCCAUACGCCAUACAAUGUAUAUACUUUGAAACAAAUUCCUUCAACAAUUUCGAUAUUGCAACUGAAAGCAAGAAUAGAGUUACGAGCUGGGAUCCCUGUAGAGCACCAGCUGCUCAAUCUAAGCGGUACUUGCCUUGAUGAUAACAGCUUGAUCUCAGAAACUGGAAUCAAGAAAGGCAGCGUUGUACGGCUACUUUUUGCCUCAAAGAUUGUUGAAAAACUUUUCGAGAUGACAAAUAUCGAAGAUAUCGUUGGCUUACUAAAUGCAGGUGUGCAAGUUAUCGACCUUUCCGAGGCAGCUAGUUUUAAUGAUCGGAAUCGUGUGAUUUCAUGGAACAAAAAUGCUAUGCAGAGAGCAUUUCUAGCUGUAUGUGUGGCCUGUUUUAAUGGCAGCUUAGAUCUGCUGGAUAGUUUGCUGAAAUAUUGUGCAUUAGACUUGAAUCAGGUGACUGCUUGGGGAAGGUCAGCCUUGCAUUUUGCAGCAGCAAGGGGAUCUAUUGGAUGUGUAUGCCUGCUUUUAGACCGUGGAAUCGAUGCUUGUAUACAGGAUAUGGACGAAAGAACAGCUCAGGACAUUGCAUCUGAGCUUGGCCAUAUUCACUGCAAACGUAGGAUUUGGCUGUACAGAUGGAACAUUAAGCCUACGUUGAGGAAGGAUAAGAAAAGGAGACAAGACCAAGAUGAAGAUGUCAGAUUCCCCAUUCUUGGAGCAAGAACACCGUUGACACCAAACGAGAUUUCGUAUGUGGAAGACAGUCGUGUUUAUGAGGACACAAGAGAACUUCCCAGGGUUCUUUCAAGGAAGUCAGUGAAUACUUUUGCAAGAGCAUCUAUUACAAGCUUGGAGUCCAUUCCCCAAAACACAGCCCCUGCAUCAUCUAUUGUUGAAACCACAAGAGAGCAAUCUCCUCAACUUGAGCUGCAUCACAUGGAAAGCUCCAAUUCAAUAGAUUCGAUUGCCAACGAUGAAAACCAGACUAAGGAGGAGACUGACUGGGAGAAUAAAGAUGAGCUCCACCUUCUGAAACGGCUGGCUGAGAAGUAUGGCUACACUAUCGUUGACAACAGAAAAGGAAGCAGGCUAGGACAAAACCAGAAAACAGACAGUGUCGAUAGUGCUGUCAGAGCUCAAAAAUCUAAAUCUAUGCUUGAAAGAGAUGACAAAAUACAGCAGCAAGUUAAUCAUAGCACUGACCAUAGUGAAAGAAAAGAGGGUGAAACGAAUAGAGUAAACAAACGUGCCAGCUUCAUCAGGAAAAUUUCGUUACUUGAGAAAAAGAAAGAAGGAAAUAAUGGCCUUCCUGUGGCAGCUUUAAAUGAAACUGAGGUUGAUAAAAAUGAAUCUGAAAUGCACAAGAGCGAGCUUGAGAAACAGAGGGUAGGUGGUUCAACUGAACAGUCGAGAAAGGAAGCUGUGCUUUCUUUUUCUUCAAAAUCGAGUUUUAAAACACAAGAAAUUAAUAAAGACAAACCCAGAAUAUCUGAAACUGGUAAGAUAAAAGCAGAAAGUGAGACAAAAAAACCACCACUUGAAAAAACAGGCAAAGAGGAACGGCAUAGUAACGAAAACAGCGAGACACGAAUAGGUCGAGUUGAACUAAACACGGGUAAUGACGAAGCAAAACGAGAUUCCAAAUCGACGUUUGAGCGAUGGUUGGAGCGAAAGUCUGCACAAAAACGAGAAUCUUCUGCAAAAGAAAGCAGCCAAGGAAAUGAAAGCGAAAAGCGACGGGACAUGUGCGACCAGGCAUUUAAGAAAUGGCUGCAAUUGAAAAAAGUAAGAUACCGGAGCGCUUCUGUGUCGCCUAGGCCGAGUUUUCAAGAAAGCAGGCGGGAAAUCAAACGGCCAAAAAGUGGCCUAAGUUUCGAAACGUGGAUGAAAGGAAAAGGAAAAGUACAGCCUAGAUCAUCGAGUAUGAGUGAAACAACAACACAUUUGCCUGUGAAAAGAGCAUACAGCUCAGGAAUAACUUACUCUGAAUGGAUCGAUUCAAAACGAAGCCAGUUUAAACAGAGCUUGGGAAAUGCGGAGGAGGAAAAUAGCAACGCAGCGGCAUCUCCGAACAGAGUAAGAUUAAACGGUAUAACAUUUGAGAACUGGGUUGAAGCGAAAACUGAGCAAUUUCAAAUUGAACGUGUAGAAAAGGACACUGAAAAAAUGCGGUUAGAAUAUGAGAAAGAAAUGGAGUAUGAAAGAAAACUGAAAAAUUCGAAUGUUAAGACUUUCGAGGACUGGUUGUUCGAAAAGGAGUUCGAAGAUCGUAUCCGGAAAACUAAGGAAAAGAAAGCAAAGAGAAAGAGUCGUAAAAAUAAGACAAAAUAUGAAGAAGAUUCGAAUUUAGUAUAUAAUAUGUGGUUAAUGAACAAACAUAUAAGUGAAAUGGAAAAAGAAGAAGAAGAUUUAAUUGCUCUUCGUGAAGAAUGGGAGCGAAAAAAGAAAAUGCAGCUGAAAAUUGGAACAGAAAUGGAAAAAGCUGAAGCAAUAUAAUAAAUCCCUGUGACUAGUGGUUGGAGGGUAAAGAUGGCUGGGGUUGUGGGGGUAGUCCCCCAACUCAACUGCUGCAGUGA